AUGGGCCCCUGUACCGCCUCCUCAUGCUGCUGCCAGGCCCGUAAUCUGUCAUGGGCCCCCGUACCGACUCCUCAUGCUGCUGCCAGGCCCGUAAUCUGUCAUGGGCCCCUGUACCGCCUCCUCAUGCUGCUGCCAGGUCCAGAGUGUCUCAUGGGUCCCUGUACGGCCUCCCAUUGCUGCUGUCUCCAUCGCCACACUCUGCCAUGUGCCACUUUCAGGUCUCCUCACACUGCUGGUGGGUUCCAUUUUGUCAUAGGGUGCUGUAUGGCCUCCCAUUGCUGCUGCCUCCACCGCCACACUGUGGCUCCACACUCUGGUUUUGGCCCCGUGACUGCCCAAAUGAGUGAAGUGUGCGGUGAUUCUAAGCGACGGCACUCAUCUGCAUGUCAUACUGACUGACAGUAUUAUUUCUCUUCCCCAGCAGACUCCAAGGGCAUUUAAAUUAAAGGUACAGUGUUCUGCACUAAUAUAA